UCCUUCAAUUCACUUCCUGACACAUACACUAUUCCAAUGUACCUACCAUCAGGCAUUUUAAUUUCCCAAUCACCAAAAAAAUACUUAUAAUUCACCACAAUAGCAUUCAUGAAAUGUUUACAGUGUUAAUUAUCUACGAAAAGAGGUAAUACUCUGGGGUAAUUGCCAGGUAUGGAUGAUUGGCAAAUUUGGACAUUCUUCAGAUAUGAGCAGCAGAACCUACUCCGAAUGUGUGAACCAAUGAUAUCCAUACUUGCAGAUAUGUAAAUAUAGCAGUAUAUUUCAGUGAUAAAAUAGAGCUUUUUCAGAGCAGAAUGGACUUAUGGUAUAAAGUUGUUUUGUAUUUUAUUGCUCUGUUUGGGAGUGGACAGUUCGUAGUGCAUAAAGGACUAGUUCCCAGAGAAAAUGGUAAUUUAUCUGAUUCGUCUUCUGUAUAUUCUGAUUACGAUGAUUCUCCAAAAGAUUUUGGUAGUAAAAGCUGCAUAUUAUCGAAAUUACCCACACUCUCCUCUAAGUUUGUAAUUUUUCCAAGAGACUACUUCCAACGGAAGAAAACAACUAAAUUACCUACAGAAGUAUCCACUAAACGUACCAAACUACGUAAAAAAACUACAAGGCGUCAUGUACCUACAUCGGUGUCAACUGAAAAUAUUCAAAUUAAUAAGCAUAAUGUGACUCACCCUACUCAUAUACCAAAAAUACGACCAAUUAUCUUGAAGAAAAAGCAUGCAGUCAAUUCAACGAAAUUUCAUUUGAAUAAAGUACCUCGAAGUCUUCUGACUAAUUUUACUAAAACUCGUCGAACCAAAACACCAACUAACACACCUAGUAUACAGGAAAUUCCACUUGUCACAAUCCCAUCCACAGAAAGUAUGAUAUCAGAUCAGAAUUGGUCACCUACGAAAGAAACCACAGUGGCUUAUACGCAGAUAGUGAUAACAACACCACCAGAAACAACAGUAUAUGGAAACUUGAUAACAUCGUCAGUUGAUGCUCUAGACGACAAGAAUUUCGAAUUUUCAUCUCAACCGUAUGAUGAUCAAGACGAUACCAAGUUAUUGUUGAGCAGCAGGAGGGAUCAUUACAGCACGAAAGAUAUCUCAGACACAUGGUAUCCUUACAAUUCUACAUCUCUUCCGAGUAUAUCAACGGAAUGUCACAUUAUUACAACUGAUAAUGAUAUUUCAAGUGUUUCUUCUACUAUAUCGAGCACCUCUUAUCAUUCUUCAUCCUAUUUCACAACUUCAACAACUUCUACAACUCCUACAACAUCAAUAACAACCGAAACUACAAAGUUUUCUGCUCUAACAUCAUCACCAACUCCUGGAAUCUCUUCAACUGCCUCAACGCCGAAAAAGCGCAAUUCCAAAUUGAUUAGGAGUUCUUUGCUUCCUUUGGUUAUGAUAGGAAACAAAUUUUAUCAUCUGCAAACCGAUAUUAAGGUGAAUUUCUUCGGUGCUUUCCAUUUUUGUAAAAAAUAUGGCAUGGAGUUGUUGAGUAUAGAGAACAGGAAAGAAGAAGUUGCGAUAGCAAAUUUCUUAAACGAAUCUAGAAUCGGUGAAAUAUGGACUUCUGGCACAGAUUUGGCGAAAGAAGGAAAAUUUAUUUGGCUCUCAACUGGAAAGCCGUUCGACUAUACUGCUUGGGGACCAAAUCAACCAGAUAACUUUGGUUCAAUUGAAGACUGUGUACAAAUAAUUAUGCGCCCCCUCUUCUCUGAUUAUUUCGCUUGGGAAGAUGUAUUCUGUGACCUUCCAUCCUCUUUCAUUUGUGAAGUUUCCACUUGUACAGAUUUUUGCAUGAAUGAUUGAAAUAUCAGCUAUAAGUCAAUAUUAGAGCAAUUGCUUUGAUGAACUACUUUUGAAUGAAAUAGGUUAUUUACAUUAUGAACAUAAAUCUUGUAAUAAACUGUCAUAUAAUAAAGU